AGUGACUAAUGUUCAUACGCGCCUACAUGCGCGUACGAGUAGUAUAGUGGGUGUUUCUUCCUUGCAUAAUUCGUACAUCAACAAGUAUUGUGAUUUAUUGACAUAAAAAUUCGGAUAAAAAUGGAUAAUGAUAAAAGUACUAUGCUGGCAGUUCUGCAGCUACUUAGAAAAUAUAAUUUGAAGGGAACAGAGGAAUUAUUUAAAAAAGAAGCAAAUUUGAUAGACAUUUCUCCAGAUGAAGCUCAACAAACUGAUUCUGAGGUGAACAGUGUUCUUUCUGCCUACAAAAGUGAGGGAGAUCCUGUUUUAUAUGAGAAAGCAUAUAGCGAACUAAAAAAAUUUGUAGAAGGAUCUUUAGAUAUAUAUAAGCAUGAAUUAGGUACAAUUCUAUAUCCAGUUUUGGUACAUAUGUACCUUGAAUUGGUUUACAAUAAUCAUUCUGAAGAAGCAAAGCAAUUACUGGAAAGAUUUGGUGGAAAUUUAGAGGAAUAUUAUCAAAAUGACUUGAAAAGAUUGUCCAAUGUCACAAAACGUGAACAAAUGGCUGGAAAUGAAUUGACCGAUACUUUCAAAUCUAAUCAAUUCAUAAUCAGAAUGUCGAGGGAUACACUCUCUAUAUUAAAAAGACAUUUGCAAGAGAAGAAACACUGCGUGUUGUUAAAUAUUAUACAAGAGCAUCUUUAUUUUGAUAUGUACGAAGGAGUAGCUAGGAACAAACAGCAAAUUGAUGCCACAUCAGGUGCAAUGGUUGGUGAAGCAACAAGACAAGACAAUAAGGCGAAAGUAUAUUAUGGACUUUUGAAGGAACCAGACAUUCAAUGUAUGCCCCCAACCGAAGAAGAAGAGGAUGAUACAGGUGGUAUAGAUGGAGAUAAACCAAAAAAGAAGAAAGCUAAAAAGGAUCCAUUGUUUUCUAAAAAAACUAAAUCGGAUCCAAAUGCACCACCUGUUGGUAGAAUGCCUUUGCCCAACUUAAAAGAUGCGGACAAGUUGGAAAAAGGAAAAGCAUUAAGGGAAGCGUCGAAACGCGUCGUACUUGGUCCUGAUACUUUGCCAUCUAUAUGCUUUUAUACGCUAUUGAAUGCGGUACAUAGUGUGACAGCAGCUGAAGUAGCAGAAGAUUCGAGUUUGCUGGCCAUCGGAUUUAGUGACUCUUGUAUAAAGGUCUGGAGUCUGGUUCCACAAAAAUUAAGACUGAUGAAGACAGGAGAACAAUUACAGGACAUAGAUAGAGAAGCAGACGACGUACUAGUAAGAAUGAUGGACGAUCGUACAGCAGAAACAUCGAGAUCGUUAUUCGGACACAAUGGUCCUGUAUACAGUCUAUCAUUUAGUCCAGACAGAAAUCUCCUCCUUUCGUCAUCCGAAGACAGUACAGUGAGGCUGUGGUCUCUGCAUACAUGGACGUGUGUAGUAUGCUACAAAGGACACUUAUUCCCAGUAUGGUGUGUAAAAUUUUCGCCUCAUGGUUAUUAUUUCGCAACUUCCUCUCACGACAAAACCGCCAGACUCUGGGCAACUGAUUCUCAUCAACCACUUCGAAUAUUUUCCGGCCACUAUUCAGACAUAGAUGUAGUACAGUUCCAUCCGAAUUCAAACUACGUAGCAACCGGUUCCAGCGACAUGACAGUAAGAUUAUGGGACUGCGUAAACGGCAGCCAAGUCAGGUUAAUGACAGGACACAAAGCUCCGAUUUAUUCCCUUGCCUUCUCCGCGGAAGGGCGAUUUCUGGCUUCAGCCGGUGCUGAUCACCGUGUUUUAGUUUGGGAUUUAGCACAUGGUCAUCUUGUCGCUGCCUUAUCGAGUCAUUCGGGUACUAUUCAUUGCUUGUCAUUUAGUAGAGAUGGGAAUAUUCUAGUCUCAGGAUCGUUAGAUUGUACGAUCAAGUUGUGGGAUUUUACAAAACUCGCCGAUGAAAUGAGUUUGGAGGAUGUAAAUGUUUCACACAAUCCCGAUGUAAAAACGAAUACAGAAUCUUAUCUCCUCCGAACUUUCGCGACAAAAAACACUCCUGUGUUAGCGCUACAUUUCUCGCGAAGAAAUUUACUCUUAAGCGUCGGUAUGUUCGAUUCAACUUAGCAAACAUAAAUGUCUUUCAACGAAUUUUAUCAUUGCCGAUGGCAUGUGAUGGCUACGAAUGUUUAUUAAU